UCGCCCAGUGUCAACACACGGAGCAGCAGAGAGGCGGACCGGCCACCGCGGAGCAACGACGAUGUCGGAGCAGGAGUCUCUGAGGUGCUCCAGUGCCAGAAACCGUGGAGGCGUGCAGAGGGUCGAGGGGAAACUGCGAGCCAGUGUGGAGAAGGGGGAUUACUAUGAAGCACAUCAGAUGUACAGGACUUUAUUUUUUAGGUACAUGUCACAGGCAAAACAUGCUGAGGCCAGGGAGCUGAUGUACAAUGGUGCUCUACUCUUCUUCAGCUAUAACCAGCAAAACAGUGCAGCAGAUUUGUCUAUGCUGGUGCUGGAAGUGUUGGAGAAAUCUGAGACAAAAGUUGAAGAAGAAAUAUUAGAAAAUCUGGCUAAGCUGUUCAGCCUUAUGGACCCAAACUCUCCUGAGAGAGUAGCGUUUGUGUCCAGAGCCUUAAAAUGGUCUACAGGAGGGUCCAGCAAGUUGGGUCACCCAAAACUACACCAGUUACUUGCUGUCACCUUGUGGAAAGAGCAAAACUACAGUGAGUCUCGCUACCACUUCCUGCAUUCGUCUGAUGGCGAGGGGUGCGCACAGAUGCUGGUGGAGUAUUCGGCGUCACGUGGCUUCCGCAGCGAGGUCGACAUGUUUGUGGCGCAGGCCGUCCUACAGUUCCUUUGCUUAAAGAACAAAAGCAGUGCUUCUGUGGUUUUCAGCACAUACACAGAGAAACACCCGUCCAUAGAGAAAGGUCCUCCCUUUGUCCAGCCUCUACUAAACUUUAUCUGGUUUCUGCUGCUGGCAGUGGAUGGGGGUAAAUUAACAGUUUUCACAGUGUUAUGUGAGCAAUAUCAACCUUCCCUGAAGAAGGAUCCUAUGUAUAAUGAGUAUCUCGACAGAAUAGGACAGGUUUUCUUUGGCGUUCCACCCAAACAGUCCCCAUCGUACGGCGGACUCCUAGGAAACCUACUGAACAGCCUGAUGGGUUCAGGCGAUGAUGACGAUGGUGCUGAAGAAGCCCAGGAAGACAGCAGCCCCAUAGAGUUGGACUGAGUCUCCUGCCCAAGACCAGGAGAACAAAGAAACGCAACAAUGAGGAAGACCACCACCCUUCAUCACCGUGACAACAGGGGAUGAGGCGAGACUCGGGUCUGUGUUUUUGAGGGGGUGUGCUGUUUCCAGAAAACCAAUCCCAAAUAUCCAGUCCAAAACCAGAAUAAGAAUCAGACGCCAAAACAUCCUUGUCAGCACUUCCUGGACUGACUGACUCUUCCGGGGGUUGAAUUAGUGAUAAGAUCAUUCUAUGUUUUAUUUUAAAUAAUUUAGUUUGGGACUCUUGCUCUGCAUUUAAGGGUUUGUGAUUUUUAACCAACUGAUAAAUAACCUUCUCUUUUUUUUUUCCUCUGUGAAAACUGUGAAAGCUCCCGGAGCGUUCCAGCGCGCGCGGGGGGGAGGGGGGAGACGUCCUCUAAACAUGAUUAGAGGGUUUCAUCGAGUCACAACAAAUAUUCAGCUCUUUUUUGUUUGUUCUAGAGACACACAGAGUUUGUUCAGAGCCAUGCUGCUGCUGUUAAGAGUGUCUUUUUCAGUAAUAAUUUAACUAUAAUUGUUCUUGUAGCCAAGGCCACUGUCAGUUUCCUCACCUCCAGUCUGUCCAUUGAACAAAAAAACAAAAGUAACUCUUGCAACUUGAAUGUCAAGCAAACAAAUGUUUUGUCUUCGAGCGUUAUCCCGUUUUUGUCAAAUCAACUGAAUAAUAAUCACAAAGAAAGCCGUCUGUGUGCGAUGAAUUGGCUGCAGUGUACGCACAUACACACACACGUUUAAAUCAUCCACUCGCUGAGCUGCUGCUGGGCUCGUUUGCACCAUCUCCAGGAGAAACCUUGUUCCAGUCUCCAGUCCUGUUACGGUCGGACUUAAAAGUCUGGCGAUGACACUGGUUUUUGAAGCGACGUCGAGGAGGGAGGGGCAAAAAAAAUGUGACACUGUGAAAACCCGUGUGUUAGAGUGAAUCUUUGCUUUGCAUGUUUAAAAGAAGAAAAAAAAACCUCAUAAACCUGCUGCUUAACUGCUGUUUUUGUUCUCAUUUAUUAUUAUUAUUAUUAUUAUUAUUAUUCAGUUCUGGUCAACAGUUCCUCUUGGAGGUGGAUCAAUAUUCCCUCAUUAGUUCAGCCUGUGCACAAAACUAUAGCUGCUGUUGAUCAGUGUUAACUGUCUUCACUCUCAUGCUCGUUACGUCAUCACACACCUUCCAUUUCAUUAGCCCUCAGCUUUGUUUCGUCUUCGUCGUGACAUUCGGUCAGUCCAUGGUCAGUCCACGUCUUUGUCAGUUAUAGGAUUUCAAAAACAAACAAACACUAACUGCACCAGAUAAUCUUCAGAAGGGGACGUUUUUAUUAACUGCCAGGAAACUAGGAAAAUUCCCAGGUCUUCCAAGUGUAGAUUGUGUUUUAUUUACUUGGAUUGUAACGUGUGAGGGGACUAUGGAUGUCCAAAAUGGCCAAUAUUAAAUAGAAAUGUUACAAAGCAAGAAUGUCCUGGACGAAAAAAAACCAUGAAUGUUCUGAUCUAUGAAUUGUUGAAAUCGGCAGGCGAUUGCGGGUAAUGAUUUUUU